GUACUUGUCAAUUUUUGGUGACUUCAAUUUUACUCCCUCCGCAGGAUUACUGUUUUUUGUUUUUUUUUUUAAUGUAUAUUUUUAAUUGCUUUAAAUAAAGAAGAUUAAAGAAUGAAGGAGGAGGGGGAAGAGGUUGGAGAGAACAAAAAUUGAACGGGUAUGGUGAUGAGGAAUGGAUUCAUAGGGGGGGAAGAAGAAAUGAGGAUGAUGGAGUGGGAAAAGCAGCAACAACCGCAGCAGCAGCAGCAAGAACAAUCGCAGCAGCAGCAGCAAGUAAUUGAGCAGAAUCAUCAGAAUGGAGGAGGAGGGGGGAUGUAUGUGAAAGUGAUGACGGACGAGCAGUUGGAGCUUCUACGGCGACAGAUCUCCGUCUACGCUACCAUUUGCGAGCAGCUCGUCGAGAUGCACAAGGCCAUUUCCGCCCAACAUGAUCUCUCUGGUAUGAGGCUGGGGAAUCUGUACUGUGAUCCAUUAAUGACGUCUGCAAGCCACAAGAUCACUGCUAGGCAGCGAUGGACCCCAACACCAUUGCAACUUCAAAUUCUUGAGCGCAUCUUUGAGCAGGGCAAUGGUACUCCAACCAAGCAAAGGAUUAAAGAGAUAACCACUGAACUGUCACAACACGGCCAGAUUUCUGAAACAAAUGUCUAUAAUUGGUUCCAGAACAGGAGGGCUCGGUCAAAAAGAAAGCAGUUGGUUGUGGCACCGAAUAAUGCAGAAUCAGAAGUUGAGACAGACGGGGAUUCCCCAAAAGAUAAAAAAACAAGACCCCAGAACAUCCAAUCCAAUGAGAACUCAGGGAUGAGGUCUGAAAAUAUAUAUUUCGCAAGUGAGAUGAGCACUGAAAUGCACUGCUUGGAUGCACAACCUAAUAAAGGGGAGACCCUGUUCCCAUCUGAUCGUGGGUUGAGGACUUCUGGUGGUCUGGGUCAAUUAUCCUUGUAUGAGAACGUUGCAUCAAAUCCAAGAAUUGAUCAACUGAUCGGGAAAAUGGAAGUUCCAGGGAGCUUCAGUCCGUAUCGCCUGGGGGAAGGAUAUGAUUUGGUUGGAUGACGCUCCUUUGGUAUUUCAAUCUCGUGCUUAGGAAAAUUUGUAUCAACUUUGAGGAUGUUGCGUAUAUCACAAACGAAGAUGACCCUUCCAUCCAGGAAGUAUAUGAACCACAUAUAACAUAGUAAUCAUUUACAGUCAUACACAAAAUUAGGCUUUGUUUAGGAGUAAGACUACUUGAUGAUAGCAGAUGUAUUGCUUCCAAUCUGAUUCCACUGAACUGGUUGCUUGGAACUUAUUAAGAGGUUUUCAGAUUUUUAAGUGAUAUAUAUUACUAUACCGUAGUAGAAUGCUGAUUUGCAACUUUGUCA